AUGCCGGGCAGGAAAAAGAAGAAAGGUAGUGGCGGUUCCUCAAGCAAGAAGAAAACGGGUGUUUACACGAGCACCCUCUUCAAACAGCAGCUCUCAGGACGCUCAGGGGAUUUCACUAGCCCCAACCGGUUUUUCUGUGUCAAACUGCACAUUGUUGACACCGAGGAGACCUUUUCCGUGCCUGACUGUCACCGUGACUUGAUCGUGAGCAAUCUGAAGUCCCGACUGGAGCUGUUGGCUGGGAUCCCUGUGAAUUUCCAGCGCCUCCAAUAUUUGGAUGAAGCGGAUCUCCCUGAGAAGUCUACAUUUAAGGAGAAUGAUAUUGUCAGUGGCGCAACCCUCACCAUGCGAAUCUGGUCACAAGAUGCUUGGGGCCGCCUUGUGACGACAGCUGUAAAAGGAAAUACCCACAAGCUGCACGGUGUAGGAGCUACAAAGACCUCCUUAUUUUGCACGGCACAUUCAGAGCUGCUGAACCCGGAAAGAAGGGCAGAGUGGUUGGCACACCGAAGUUUUGUGGCUUUGUUCGUGACUGCGCACAGAGGCCUCCUGGAGGCAGUGGAAUUUCUUCUUCAAAAUGGUGCUGAUCCAAGAUACCAAACGCCGCUGGGUAGAACAGCCCUUCAUGCCGCUGCCGCAGGGGGCCAGCUUGCCUGUAUAGAGCUUCUUCUUAACUACGGGGCCCGUGUCACUGACAAGGACCAUGCUGGGCAUACUGCUGUGGUCACAGCCCGUGCGUGGGGCCAAAAAGAAAGUGAGCGCAAGCUCUUUCAGUGCCAGUGGCAGCUGAGAAUGGCCAGUUGCCACACCGCUUCCAAGACCAAACCGGAAGAGAAAAUAGAAGUUUGA